GAAAGGGAGGAAGUAGCGAGGGAAGAAGAAAAAUGAAGCCAGCUCUGGGGGAGCCCGCGAGAGGGCGGCCGACGACGGAGCUAGGAGGAUUUGGCUGCUUUCUCGCACCCCAGGUGUGAACCCCCUUCUCCUGCGCGAGGCCAAGGAAAUAAGUGGGUCUCGCCUGGGCGGAAAAAGAAGAGUCAAGAAUCCAAGUGAGCUUCUUGCCUCCUCGCUCACCGUUGCCCCCUAGAAAUCCCCUCGGCUUCUCAGCCCAGCCUCCCCGCGGGACCGGACGCAGUGCCCGAGCCGCCCUGCGGAUGGGGCGGGCAGGGAGCGGGCGCCCAAGCCGCGGGUGACCAGCGCCGCCCGCCCCGCUCCGCGCAGGGACCGGGCGGGCAGAGGAUGCGAGGCGGAGGGACUUGGGAGCGGGUUCUGAGACUGCCGAGGGCGCGCUAGCCUCCCAUUUGGAUGGCCCGGAGUCCGCUCCAGCACCUGCCACCGCUUCGCCAAGCCGAGUGAGCGGCGCGCGGGACCUGGGGGCGGAGACCUUAGGCGGCGGCUGCUGCAGCGGGGUGAGCCGGGCGCAGGAGGGGGCGCGCUUUCUCCCUGCGGGUCUCAGUAAUGAGGAGACUGAGUUUGUGGUGGCUGCUGAGCAGGGUCUGUCUGCUGCUGCCGCCGCCCUGCGCACUGGUGCUGGCCGGGGUGCCUGGCUCCUCCUCGCACCCGCAGCCCUGCCAGAUCCUCAAGCGCAUCGGACACGCGGUGAGGGUGGGCGCGGUGCACUUGCAGCCCUGGACCACGGCCCCCCGCGCGGCCAGCCGCACCCCGGACGGCAGCCGGACAGGCGCCCCGCGCGAUGAACCUGAGCCAGGGACUUGGCUGCCCCCGGCGCCCUCGCCAGGCGCACGCUGGUUGGGGAGCGCCCUGCAUGGCCGGGGGCCGCUGGGCGCUCGGAAGCCGGGGGAGGGCGCCAGGGCCGAGACCCUUUGGCCUCGGGACGCCCUCCUCUUCGCCGUGGACAACCUGAACCGCGUAGAAGGACUGCUGCCCUACAACCUGUCUUUGGAAGUAGUGAUGGCCAUCGAGGCGGGCCUGGGCGAUCUGCCCCUCUUGCCCUUCUCCUCCCCUAGCUCGCCGUGGAGCAGUGACCCUUUCUCCUUUCUGCAGAGCGUGUGUCACACCGUGGUGGUGCAAGGGGUAUCGGCGCUGCUCGCCUUCCCUCAGAGCCUGGGGGAGAUGAUGGAGCUCGACUUAGUCAGCUCCGUCCUGCACAUUCCAGUUAUCAGCAUCGUGCGCUACGAGUUUCCUCGGGAGAGUCAGAAUCCCCUUCACCUCCAACUGAGUUUAGAAAAUUCAUUAAGUUCUGAUGCUGAUGUCACUGUCUCAAUCCUGACCAUGAACAACUGGUACAAUUUUAGCUUGUUGCUGUGCCAGGAAGACUGGAACAUCACCGACUUCCUCCUCCUUACCCAGAAUAAUUCCAAGUUCCACCUGGGCUCUAUCAUCAACAUCACCAUCAACCUCUCCUCCACUGAGGACCUCUUGAGCUUCCUGCAGGUCCAGCUGGAGAGCAUUAAGAACAGUACACCCACAAUGGUGAUGUUUGGCUGCGACAUGGAAAGUAUCCGGCGGAUUUUCGAAAUUACCACCCAGUUUGGGGUAAUGCUCCCUGAACUUCGUUGGGUACUGGGGGAUUCCCAGAAUGUUGAGAAACUGAGGACAGAAGGUCUGCCCUUAGGGCUGAUUGCUCAUGGAAAAACAACACAGUCUGUCUUUGAGUACUAUGUACAAGAUGCCAUGGAACUGGUUGCAAGAGCUGUAGCCACAGCCACCAUGAUCCAGCCAGAACUUGCUCUCAUUCCCAGCACAAUGAACUGCAUGGAUGUGGAAACUGCAAAUAUCACGUCAGGACAAUAUUUAUCAAGGUUUCUAGCCAACACCACUUUCAGAGGCCUCAGUGGUUCCAUCAAAGUGAAAGGUUCCACUAUCAUCAGCUCAGAAAACAACUUUUUCAUCUGGAAUCUGCAAAGUGACCCCAUGGGAAAGCCAAUGUGGACACGCUUGGGCAGCUGGCAGAGGGGGAAGAUUGUCAUGGACUAUGGAAUAUGGCCAGAGCAAGCCCAGAGGCACAAAACCCACUUUCAGCACCCAAGUAAGCUACACUUGCGAGUGGUUACGCUGAUAGAGCAUCCAUUUGUCUUCACAAGGGAGGUUGAUGAUGAAGGCUUGUGCCCUGCUGGCCAACUCUGUCUAGACCCCAUGACUAAUGAUUCUUCCAUGUUGGACAGCCUUUUUAGCAGCCUCCAUAGCAGUAAUGAUACAGUGCCCAUAAAACUGAAGAAGUGCUGCUAUGGAUAUUGCAUUGAUCUCCUGGAAAAACUAGCAGAAGACAUGAACUUUGACUUUGAUCUCUAUAUUGUUGGAGAUGGCAAAUAUGGAGCCUGGAAAAAUGGGCACUGGACUGGGCUGGUGGGUGAUCUCCUGAGUGGGUCAGCCCACUUGGCAGUCACUUCCUUCAGCAUCAAUACUGCACGAAGCCAGGUGAUAGAUUUCACCAGCCCUUUCUUCUCCACCAGCUUGGGCAUCUUAGUGAGGACACGAGACACAGCAGCUCCCAUCGGAGCCUUCAUGUGGCCACUCCACUGGACAAUGUGGCUGGGGAUUUUUGUGGCUCUGCACAUCACUGCCAUUUUCCUCACUCUCUAUGAAUGGAAAAGCCCCUUUGGCAUGACUCCCAAGGGGCGGAAUAGAAGUAAAGUUUUCUCCUUCUCUUCAGCCUUGAAUGUCUGUUAUGCUCUCCUGUUUGGUAGAACAGCAGCUAUCAAACCUCCAAAAUGCUGGACUGGAAGGUUUCUGAUGAACCUUUGGGCCAUUUUCUGUAUGUUUUGCCUUUCAACAUACACGGCAAAUUUGGCUGCCGUCAUGGUAGGUGAGAAGAUCUAUGAAGAGCUUUCUGGAAUACAUGACCCUAAGCUACAUCAUCCCUCUCAAGGCUUCCGUUUUGGAACUGUCCGGGAGAGCAGUGCUGAAGACUAUGUGAGGCAAAGCUUCCCAGAGAUGCAUGAGUAUAUGAGAAGGUACAAUGUACCAGCCACCCUGGAUGGAGUGGCGUAUCUAAAGAAUGAUCCAGAGAAACUAGAUGCCUUCAUCAUGGACAAAGCCCUUCUGGAUUAUGAAGUGUCAGUAGAUGCUGACUGCAAACUUCUAACUGUGGGGAAGCCAUUUGCCAUAGAAGGGUACGGCAUUGGUCUCCCUCCCAACUCUCCUUUUACCUCCAAUAUAUCCGAGCUAAUCAGUCAAUACAAAUCACACGGGUUUAUGGAUGUGCUACAUGACAAGUGGUAUAAGGUGGUUCCCUGUGGCAAGAGAAGUUUUGCUGUCACUGAGACGUUGCAGAUGGGCAUCAAACACUUCUCUGGACUCUUCAUGCUGCUGUGCAUUGGAUUUGGUCUGUCCAUCCUGACCACCAUUGGUGAGCACAUGGUGUACAGGCUGGUGCUGCCACGCAUCAGGAACAAAUCUAGGCUGCAAUACUGGCUCCACACCAGUCAGAGAUUACACAGAGCACUAAACACAUCAUUUGUAGAGGAAAAGCAACAGCGUUUCAAGACUAAACGUGUGGAAAAGAGGUCCAGUGUGGGGCCCCGUCACCUCACCGUGUGGAAUACUUCCAAUCUGAGUCAUGACAAUCGACGAAAGUACAUCUUUAAUGAUGAGGGUGGACCAAACCAGCUGGGCAUCCGGAUCCACCAGGACAUUCCUCUCCCGCCAAGGAGAAGAGAGCUCCCUGCCUCGCUGACCACCAAUGGGAAAGCAGACUCCCACAGCGGGGCUCGGAACUCAGUGAUGCAAGAGCUCUCAGAGCUGGAGAGGCAGAUUCAGGUGAUCCGCCAGGAGCUGCAGCUGGCCAUGAGCAGGAAAACGGAGCUGGAAGAGUAUCAAAGGACAAAUCGAACUUGUGAGCCCUGAGUGGCCACACUGCUCCCCUCUCUCACUUCCUGGCCUUCCUCUGAGCCCUUGAGACACUUUGUAAUGCUAUUUUGUAACUACUGACCAAGGUGGGGGGACGCUGAGGUUUGGGUCUUCUUAGAGGUCAAGUGUGCUCUCUUCCAACCUGCAAAGCAGUGGCCAGUCUUCUCAAGCUCAUUCCUAGGUCUCCUGGGUAGGUGUGUUUUUCAGAGCAGGAAUCUUAGUCAGGAGUAACGCCAUGUGAGGGAUCUGUGAAAAACCAGACAACCCCAGCUCCUGUUAACCUUUUCACCAGGUGCCACGUUACUAAUUCUGGUUUUUAGCCCUUUCUGUGCACUAUCAUCUAUAAGAGAUAAAAGUGUUAACCAUAUCUGUGUCUUCUUGGGUUGUUGGUUUUAAUCUUAGUAUAUGAAAGUGUAAGCCAUUCAGUUGUGUCCGACUCUUUGCGACCCCAUGGACUAUACAGUCCAUGGAAUUCUCUAGGCCAGAAUACUGGAGUGGGUAGCCUUUCCCUUCUCCAAAUCUUAGUAUAGAGCAGGGUUAUUCAGGGCUGUGACUUUUGCUACAGCUCCCCAGUCUAGAUGUGUCCCCACAGUCUGAAUGGGGAGCCAGGGAAGAGCUAGAGACACUUGGGAUGGGGAGGUGGGUACUUAGAAAAGUCGGCUGAACUCACUCAUAUCACAGCAGGCUGAUGACUGAUUGGAUCAGGCAAGAGCCAUGGUUUUAAAAGGGUCCUGGAUCUCUGACACCACCCUAACAUUGGGUAGGAACAGGUUUACAUGCCACUAUGAAAGGGGACAGAGAUGCAGUGAGCAGGAAGAGGACGGACAGAAGAGGCAUUAAAAUGUACACCAUGCUUUUUGAACAACAAAAAAGAAAGUUUGCUAAGGAAUGAAUAGGGCUUUACUUCUAACUAAGCAUCUACACUAUAGUGUGUGCCUUUUAUAAAGCAAAAUGAGAGAGAAAAGCAAUGCAAGGAUGUGACCUUAGGAUGAGACUGGGAUAUUCCUACUAACUGCCUGCACAGGACAUGUGAGCUGGUACUGUGGGCUAAUGGAGAUGUUCUGCAAGCCAUGUCCUAGGCUGCUCUCAGAUCAGCAGCCACCUAUGUCUUGGCUGUAGGCCUCCCAGAGAUGAACCCCACGCCUGUGUACAUCACAAGCUGAAGCCUUCAGGAAUGCGCCCCGUGCUUUUCACAUCUGUAUGGAUCCCUACCAAGUCAGUCUUGCAGCCUCAUACCCCCUCAUCUGUAACAAGCUGUGAACAGGCAUUGGUCCCUCUGAUUCUCCCCCAAACCCUGUCUAAUGGUUGAUAUGAGUAAGCCAUUUCCCCUGUGCCUAGGCAUCCCUUUCCCAGUGUACAAAGGCUUGGACAUACAGAACAGGAAAGGAGUAUGGACACUAUAGAACAAUCCUCAACCCCCUAGCACCUCAUCAGGGUGCUGACUGCCAGGGCUCAUCCCCAAAGGAUGGGGUGGGAAAGGGGGUGGGUGUGGGCUCAGAAACCUCCUGUUACUGGCACCCCCACGUGACUGACAAGUGGUCUAAAAAUGACUCUUCAAGAAACACUGUUCUAGAAGUUUGGCUGUUCCAAGCAUGAGAAUUGAAAAGAAACUUUUAUGAGCUUUUCUCAAAAGUCUUCAGCACACACCUGCUGAUUCACUGUCCAUACAGCCAUUCUCACCCCAGGGCACCGUGUCAGACUAGACUUCCUUGUCUAUCAAUUAUUUGCUUUAUUUUCUCAGUUGCUUAUCAUCUUUGCUCCAUCCCAAUCAAUUUGAAGCCUACAAUGACUUAGCACUGUGCCAAGCACUAUGUUCUGUAAGUUGCAGAUCAUUGCAAAAGCUCCUUAAAUGCAAAAUUUCUUCCCCUACUUUUGGAUGCAAUCCCUGAAUUCCCACCAAGAGCUGCCCAGUGCCCCCAGAGAAAGACAACACUUCAAGCUGCAAGUAAGAUAACUCUUAAGCAAUUAUUUAGUUGUCUGAGAAACCCCUGGGGUGGAUAUAAGCUUAGAGAGUCUGAUGAGGGAGGGUUCUUCUAAUGUUAGACUUCAUCAAGACUUUCAUCCACACAGAUGAAACCAUUCAACAAUGAGGGGACAGUGAGCCCUGGAAACAGAAAGGACAACUGUUUUGAAAUGCACAUCCUCCCAUGUUCUCACCCCAGACCCAGAAGCAGGUUUGCAGCUGCCUUUGAAAGACUAUGCCCCUUAGCCAUCCAAUCCCACCUGCAACAGCUAAGGAUGCUCUCAAGACUCUACCACCAUGCUCUGCACUGCUAACCUCUACAAAGCCCAGAAGGCUGACGUACAGGUGUACCUCAACUCAAGUAACAGCCAUGCUCCUAAUGUUGUACGUGGACACUUUUAUAACUCAGCUCACAUUCUGACUACUUGAGAAGCUGGCUACUUAAAGGAACCCAGAGGUGAAUUCUUUUGUAAAGAAUCCUUUUGUAAUGCAAUUAAUUAUCCCUUAAUGUAUCUGUUUUGUAAGUUUGGAUUUUUGUAUAUCAGGUUUACCUUAAGCUUCUCUCCUGAGGCAUUCUGAGCAGUGGUGAUAACAUGCCAGACCACCCUGCCCAUCCACAAAGUAGAUGACCAGGGCAUGGCUUCUCAAAUAUCUCCUGAUGAACUAUAUGGCCAAAACUGCAGCCAGGAUGCAGCCAGAAGCUGCAGGGGCUGAAAGCAGGCUUACUGUUGUCAGCAUUGCUUGAAUUGCCUCCAUGUUCUGGACAAAGAAAAACAAAGAAUAGUUGCUUGUGGUGAAAUGAAGCAGUCUUCAUGUUAAGUAGCAAUGAUUAUUUUUAUCAGUAGUAAUUGAACAGUGUUUUGCAAUUUGUGAAAGUGUGUUGUAUUUUGUAAAAAGAUUUCAUGAAA